AUGUCAAUGUAAAUUAUUAAUAGUGAAAGAGGACACAUUUCAUCACCUAUAUUGGGGCCCUCAUUAGAAAUGAAUUAUCUACAGCUUGAAACUUACUAAAAAGGUUAAGAAAUUGAUGUGUCUUCACCAUCCGAGAUAUCAUAAAAUAAUACGAAUGAGAGUAAAACUUAAUAAUUUGAUUUACUAAAGGCAGGUUUUCUAAAUAAAGGAUCUAAAAGCUUUAGUCGUAGAUUACCAAAUCAAACAGUAAUUAGUAAUCUAGAUUAUUAGAAAAACCAUCAAAAGACUGAUAGCAUUUCAAUAAAGAGAUAGGAAAAAUCAUUAUUAUUAAAAAACUUUUUUAUGAAUACUUUAGUUUAAAAGUUUAAGAAUAAUCUACUCUAAUAAUCAUAUGUACUAUCAUCGAGUAUGAAACACCUAUUGUAAUCUGAGUAGUAUUUAUUAGAAGAUUCAUCUAAAAAAAAGAGAAGUAAUUUAAUCUUAUAAUUUAAGAAAUUAAUAGUUAAAGCUCAAAUAGGUUACUUUUUCUUCCAGGUGACAAAACUAUAAUAAUUUGGGAUAAAUUAUCUCUUAUAAUUAACCUAUUUAGCUUAUGGUUAUGUCCUAUUUUGUUUGCUUUUAAUGAAAACUCAACAAUUUUCGAGAGUUUUGAAAUAAUAAUCAUAUUAUUUUUGUGUUUUGAUAUACCAAUUAAUCUAAAUAGAGCAAUAAUUGAUUAGGGGGAGAUAAUUGAAGAGAGGGGGACGAUAUUAAAAACAUAUAUUAUCAAUCAUAUCUAUAAAAAUAUAAGUAGUAUCAUUUUAUGGAUAUUAUGCUACUAUCACUUUUAUUAAAUAAACUUUGCCAGAGAGUUCAUAUUUAUAUUGUAAAUUGCAAUCCUAAUUAUUUAAAUAUCAAAUAAUUUUAAAAAAUAUACUGAAUAAUUAUAUCUUAAAGAAAUAGCAAGUAAUGUCAAAGACAUAAUUAGUUUAAUAAUAUUAAUCUAUUAUUUUGCUCAUUACAUGGCAUGCAUUUGGCACUAUAUAGGAGUGAAUACAGAGUCAUUAGGCACAACAUGGUUAAUUAAACGUAAUCUAUUAAACGAGGGAUUUUAUAUAAGAUACAAUUAGUCGUUUUAUUGGGCUUCAAUGACAAUGGUAACAGUGGGAUAUGGAGACAUAGUACCUUAAAAUUAUGUUGAGAUGACUUUUGUAAAUAUUAUGAUGCUAAUCUCAAGUGUAAUGUAUGCAUAUUCUCUUAACUCUAUUGGGAUUAUAUUAAAAUCAUAUAAUGAUUAAAAAUAAAAAUAAACGUAAAUAAAUUUAAUUUUAUUAGAAAAUCAUUAAUUGUAAUUAACAAUUAUAUGAGGAAAUACUAAUUGGAUGAAACAAUAUAAUCAAGAGUUAGAAAUUAUAUCAAAUAUCAAAUUGAUAAAGAAUUUCAAGAAAAUAGUGAAUAUGUAUAAUAAAUAAUCAAUAAUUUACCAAAUGGAUUAAAAUCCGAGUUGAAUAGAGAUUUGCAAACAAAAAUUGUAUCUAGUAUGAAAAUAUUAAAUCAAUAAUUUUCAAAGUAAUCCCUCAAAAAUCUUCAAGAUGAAUUAAAAAUAAUCAAAAUAACCCCUAAUGAUUAUGUAUUUCAUAAAGGUGAAACCUAGGAUUAAAGCCUGUAAUUAAAACUUAUUUAAUUAGAUAUUAUAUUGACGAAGGAGAAAUUGAUUUGAUAGAAGAGAACAGUAAAAAAGUUUUGGCAACCUUUAAAAAAGGGGAAACUUUUGGGGAAUACCAAUUUUUUACUGGUUUAUAGCCUAAAUUUUCAGCUUUAAGUGUUGGAUUUUCCUCCUUAUAUUAAAUUAAAAGAACAGAAUUUAUAAAUCUAAUUAGGUAUAAUUAGAAGGAUUUUGAAAAAUUCCAUAAUAUUAAGGAUACUAUUGUUUUUAAUAAUUCAUUCUCCAUCUUAUUGAAAAAUUGCAAAGUUUGUAAGUAGUUUAACCAUCUAACAAUCGAGUGUCCAAUAUUAACAUACAAACCUAAUUUAGAAUAAAGAAUCAAAAAAUCUUUAUUUCAUUCAUAUUAAGAAAGAGACACGAAUUUUGAAAGGCUUAAUUAAAAACUAAAUGUUAGAAUCAUGCAUAAGGACAUAUAAGGAUCCAUUAAAGCUUAUUAAUAAUAAAGUUAUGCUAACGAAUAAAUUGAUGGAUCGUCAAUAAAGAUCGAUACUCCAGAUAUCUUGUAAAUUAGCAAAUAAACAACCAAAAAGAAAUUUACUGUCCAACCUAAAUUCCAUAGCAAAGAUUCUAAUAUUAAUUAAGACGAUGAAAUAGUUAAUUUAUAGGACGUUAUCAAGCGAACUGAUGCAGAAAGAAGAAAAUCCAAUGCAAAGACAAUAUUUUAUAAAAAGGUAGAGUAUAAAAAUAAACCAUCAAUGGUGCAAGUAAGUUAAUAAAAGGAGAUAUCAGUUAAUUGCUCUAUUAAUGAAAUGCCAGGUUAGAUGUGCGUUGAUUAAUAAAGUUUUUUAGACGAAUUUUUAUUAGAGUUACAAUUUCAUUAGAAUGAUAUUGAUAAACUUUGUUUCUAUCAAUAUUAUAAAAAGCAUGAUAAUGCAGACAGCAUUAUAAGAAAUUAUGAGAAUUUGAGGAAAAAAAGAGGAUCUCAAUUAUUUUCUAAAACAGAUGUAAAUGCCUACCUUUAUACAUUUAAUUAAAAUGUAGUUUAUAAAAUAAUGAAGUUCAGGUUAAAUAAUAGAAGAUGA